AAGUGUACGCACAGAUUUUUGUUUACUUCUUCCCCAUGAGCUUUCAAUUUUAAUUAAACUAUUUAAAUAACUGUAGACAUGGAUGUUUUCAACAAAUUGUAUUCGCAAGUGAGUAGUUCGGUAAGCAACACGGUUUCUCAGUUAUCGGGAGUUCUCCCUGGAAACCCAGUAACUAGAGAAUAUGAUUGCUCUACUCAUAUCGCGUCAGCUGGGCCGGGUUUGAUGUGGAAAGUGUACAAAGGCUCGAAACGUUCUACCAAAGAGGAAGCCGCGAUAUUCGUAUUUGAGAAGCGCCAGCUAGAGAAGUGGACAAAAAAUGAAAAAGAUGUAAUUUUGGAGAGUUUAAGAAGAGGCAUUCAACAAUUGACUAAGAUCAGGCACCCUCAGGUUCUCACAGUACAACAUCCCCUAGAAGAAAGUCGUGAGAGUAUUGCCUUUGCUACUGAACCCAUUUUUGCGAGCUUAGCGAAUGUCCUUGGACAAACAAUGAAUAUGCCGCAGCCUGCCAACAUGUCCGACUACAAAUUCUUCGAGUUGGAAAUUAAAUAUGGGUUGUUGCAAGUGGGUGAAGGCCUCGCGUUUCUGCACAAUGAUUGUAAGCUAAUACACAAAAACAUCUGCCCAGAGAGCAUAGUGAUUAACGCCUCGGGGGUUUGGAAAAUUUUUGGUUUUGAUUAUUGUGUUAUCAACACAAACCCGCCGAAUGAAGCCCCUAGAUAUCCGUUUCUUAGUUAUACUUCCGCUAUACCUGCCGUGUGCCAGCCAAAUUUGAAUUACUUAGCACCAGAAUGCAUUAUAAGUCAAAGCCAUUCUGAAGCAAGUGAUAUGUUUUCCCUGGGGAUGUUGGCAUAUGUGGUGCAUUCACCAAAUAACCGGUGUUUCACCAACAUUAAGGAAGUGCAUCAAAUGAAGUCAAGAAAUCAAGAAUUGAGCAGGUUAAGUUCUACCAAACUGAUGGAGUUACCACAAGAGCUGAGAGAAGUUGUCAGAUUGCUCUUAAGUAUUCCACCAGAGGCUAGGCUUGAUGCUCACCAGUUUGUUAAGAUUCCCUUUUUUGAUGAUGUUGGAGUGAAAACCUUAACAUACCUUGAUUCGUUGCUUCAGUGGGAUAACUUACAAAAAUCACAAUUUUAUAAAGGCCUACCUGAGGUAUUGUCAAAAUUACCUCACAGGGUUAAAGUACAGAGGGUUCUGUCAUGUUUGGUCAGGGAUUUAAAGCAACCGACAAUGGUACCCUUUGUAUUGCCCAACAUACUCAUCAUAGCAGAGAAUUGUACUAAACAAGAAUACUGUGUUUAUAUUUUGCCAUAUCUGAAACCUUUAAUGAAACUCAUGGAACCCAUCCAGAUAAUGCUAAUAAUGCUUCAAAAGAUGGAGCUUCUGCUAAAACUAACGCCAGCAGAAGAUAUUCAACUGCACGUGCUGCCCAUGCUCUACAGAGGUCUGGACUGUGACAUGGUGCAGAUCCACGAAAUGUGUCUGGCUAUUUUACCCACUUUCGCCAGCUUAUUAGAUCAUUCAAAUGUUAAAAAUAGCCUAUUGCCGCGUAUUAAGAAGUUAUGCCUGUCCACUUCUUCACUGUCAGUGAGGGUCAACUGCCUGCUCUGUGUGGGGAAAUUGCUGGAACACCUGGACAAGUGGUUGGUGCUAGAUGAAAUUUUACCAUUCCUGCCACAAAUACCGUCGCGGGAGCCGGCUGUUUUGAUGGGAAUAUUGGGCAUUUACAAAAUCGCCAUGACACACAAGAAACUCGGCAUCACCAAGGAAAUAAUGGCUACGAGAAUAUUGCCUUUCCUCAUCCCUUUGUGCAUCGAAAACGGCCUCACUUUGGCCCAGUUCGGCGCGCUAGUGACUUUGGUCAAAGACAUGAUCCAGGUGGUGGAAACCGAGCAUCGAAUAAAACUUGAGCAACUCAAUUCCGUUAAAGACGAGCAGAAAAUGCUUACCAUGCAAAUGCCGAAGCUCGAAACGAGUGUUCAAGAAUUCCUCAACCCGAGUAGUUCAAAACAGGAUUCGACGCCUGCCAACAACACUUCGAUGGAUCUGCUUUCCGAUAAUUGGCCGUCGGCGGAUCAGAAAAAAGAGAAGGAAUCUAGGAGUGUCCAGUGGGAUCAAAGCUCCGCAACUAUGGGUUCCAGCAAUUUGCCUUUAAGCCAAAAGAGCGGCUCCAGAUCUGGUAGUUCCAAUGAAAUGCUCGAAAAUUUGAUUAAUAAGAAUCUGACCUUAUCAAAUCCCACUCCGGUCACCUCGGCGGCGGCAAAUUGGGCUUCCCCGAGUCUGGGGCACCGGAUUUCUUUCCCACCUGCCGGGAAUCCGUUGCCGCCCCAACAGAAUUGGUCGACUAUAGACAACACGUUUUCAUUAGACGUUUAUAAUUCAAACCUGCCCACCGGACCUUUGCGACCAAAUAUUUUGACGCCUGCGCCAUCUACCGGCAAUAGUCAUAACAUCAACAACCAACUGACUAGUCAAGACCUACUGGAUUUUCUCAAUUAAAUAGAC